UCGCGAUAUUUUUUCACUUUCUAUUUAACCUGCGCCGAAUCGGACGAUCUCAACCGGGAGCGUUUUGCUGUUUUUUAAAGAGAAAGACCAGGCCCAAAUAACGCCGAAUCCGUUUAGUAACAGAAAAGACAAGCUUUGAAACAGGCAACAAUGUCUCGCUACGGAGGCAGCCGUGAUGGUGGUGGGGGUCGUGACAGUGGUUACGGUCGAGAUAGUGGUGGCGGUCGUGACAGUGGUUACGGUCGUGACAGUGGUUACGGUCGUGACAGUGGUUACGGCCGUGACGGUGGUGGCGGUGGUAGGUCUGCAGCAGAAAGAGGAUGCAAAGUGUAUGUAGGAAACCUUGGAGAAAGUGCCAGCAAGUCUGAACUGGAAAAGGAAUUUGGUUCUUUUGGACCCCUUAAGAGUGUGUGGAUUGCUAGGAAUCCCCCUGGCUUUGCAUUCGUUGAGUUUGACGACCCAAGAGAUGCAUCAGAUGCAGUAAAGGACCUGGAUUCAAGUACCAUCUGUGGACAGAGGGCUAGUGUAGAACUGUCAAGUGGAGAUUCAAGAAGGAGAGGAGGAUUCCGUGGUGGAGGUAGUUUCCGAGGGGGCCGUGGACCUCCAAGGGGCGACAGCAAGUGCUAUGAGUGCGGCGAAAUUGGUCAUUUUGCACGGGACUGCAAUCGCAAGCGUAGCAGUGGUGGUUAUGGUGGAGGACGUCGUAGAAGUUAUUCCAGGUCAAGAUCCCGAUCCCGAUCCCGCUCACCUGCUCCCAAACGAGGUGGAUACAGUCGAAGCAGGAGUCGAAGUCGUUAGAUGUAGACAAGGUUCCAAGAUCAACACAUCCUGUGCUUUAUAUGUAAUGUAAGUUGUCAAGUUGAAAUAAGAACCAGUUCAUUCUCUUCUAACUGGUUGGUUCUUGUGAAGCAGUUAUGAA